UUUCUUAAAGACAUGAAAUAAAUACAUACGUCCAUGUUCUCUGGUUUAAGAAUUUAUUUUAAAUUUUGAAAAGAGUGGUUACUAAUUUCAGUUUGUUCAAAUUACUUACUAAUACUAAUUCAAAUUUGUGUUCAAUAUAUUGGUUGAUUCAAAUUUAAUAUAAUUGGAGAAUUGAAAGUUCAGCAGACAAGAAAGAGUACGCUUUCCUUGUUGAUCCAAAUGGGUGAAAUGGGUGAAGUUGCAUCACAAAACGAUAAUGCCGAGAUGGUGAAAAGGGUGGUGGACAUGAGAUCAGAUACAGUUACCAAGCCAACCGAAGCAAUGCGUGUAGCAAUGGCAAAUGCUGAGGUUGAUGAUGAUGUAUUGGGUAAUGAUCCAACUGCUCUCCGCCUCGAAACAGAGAUGGCAAGAAUCAUGGGCAAAGAGGCAGCGCUAUUUGUUCCUUCUGGGACUAUGGGUAAUCUCAUUAGUGUACUUGUGCAUUGUGAUGUUAGGGGAAGUGAAGUCAUUCUUGGAGAUAUCUCUCAUAUACACAUUUAUGAGAAUGGUGGUAUUUCAACUCUCGGUGGGGUCCAUCCGAGAACGGUUAAGAAUAACAAGGAUGGGACUAUGGAUUUGGAUUUGGUUGAGGCUGCCAUCAGAGAUCCUAAAGGAGAGCUUGUGUAUCCCAUCACUAGACUUAUUUGUAUUGAAAACUCGCAUGCAAACUCUGGUGGUCGAUGCCUGUCUGUAGAGUACACAGACAAGAUUGGAGAGUUGGCAAAGAAGCAUGGUUUGAAGCUUCAUAUAGAUGGGGCCCGAAUCUUCAAUGCUGCAACAGCACUUGGGGUUCCUGUUGAUAGACUGGUGCAAGCAGCUGACUCAGUUUCGGUAUGCCUGUCAAAAGGUCUUGGAGCGCCUGUAGGAACUGUGAUUGUAGGAUCAAAAGGCUUUAUAUCAAAGGCAAAGAUAAUGAGGAAAGCUUUAGGUGGUGGGAUGAGACAGGUUGGUAUAUUGUGUGCUGCUGCCUUGGUUGCAUUGCAGGACAAUGUACGAAAGCUUGAGGAUGACCAUAAGAACACUAAGCUAUUAGCAGAUGGAUUGAACAAGAUUACAGGGCUAAAAGUUGAUAUUAGUUCAGUUGAGACGAAUAUUGUGUUUGUCAAUUUAUCUGAGAAUUUGAACACAACUGCACCAAAACUUUGCAAGCGCUUGGAAGAGCAUGGUGUAUUGGUCAUGCUAGAAAACAAAUUCAGAUUUAGGAUUGUUAUUCACCAUCAAAUCACAACAAGUGAUGUGCAAUACGCUUUGUCAUGCAUUAAGCAAGCAGUAACUGGAGCAUCAAUUGAACACAUUGAGGAGUGAGAGACGUUGAAUUGCACUUCAGUACUUACUGAUUCGGUGAUUGAUCUGUAGGCUGUUAAAUCUUGACUCUUUAUGAUCAUUCAAGAAGCUUAUCACGUUUAAUAAAAUUCUGUGAACUAUAAAUAUUAUCCUAUCUUACAUUUUGUAAGUUGUAAAGCAAGUACUCUUUAAUUUUCCAUCUAUAUGCUUCAACAUUUUUAUGAUUUA